AAGGCAGCUCAGUUGUGAGGUGUAUCAGCCUAAUCAUGCCCAACAUUUUCCGCAGCUUUUUAUCGGAUCGCUAUAAUGGCAAACAGGACCGCUUCUACGCACGUUAUGACGUUUUUUCUCAAGCCAUACCAAAUAUGCCACCGAUGCCCAGACCAAAAAGUAAUAACAUCAGAAGUACCACAAAAGUCGAGCCCAAAAUCAAUGCAAAGUUAACUUAUCUUUAUGGCAGUAGGGAACCCAGUAAUGAUUGGCGUCAGGGCGAUGAUAUACCCAUUGUGGUCAGAAGAGAAAUGGAGGAGCGACUGGGCUUCCAACUGAUGGCAAUCCAACUAAUUUCGGAGAGCAACUUGGUCAGUCAUACCAUUUGGGAACUGAAACUGCAUGGAGAAAAUAUUGAGGCAAUGCCGAAAACGAAUGAGGGUGCCAGAGUUGGCAUUAUUACAGUCUUGGUUGAACCCUCAGAGAGUAAUUGUGGCAAAAAGAAUGAAUCUCGGUCGAAAUUAAUUCGAAGAGUACCUUUUUUAGCUAACCUGCCUGAGCCUCCUAAGCUUUUGGUGAAACCAGCACCAUUGCAGCCCAAAAAGCAGGCGGUGAAGAGACAUUUCAAGCAAUUGGGUGAGCAGUUUGAAUGCAGCGAAUGUGUCAAGAAAUUCGAUCACUCCUGGACGCUGAUCGCCCACAUAAGGACUCACACCGGCGAAAGGCCCUUUGUAUGUCCCGAAUGGAGUUGCCAGAAGUCUUUUGCCGAUCGAUCCAAUCUACGAUCCCAUAUGCGCACCAUGGGCCACCACGAGUGGCAGCAUCAGUGCGGACAGUGCGGCAAGUAUUUCAAUCAGAUUGCCUACCUGAAUCGCCAUUCGAUGGACGCCUGUCGCAAAUAUCUGAUGUCCAUUAUGCAUAAGAAGCACUAGAUAAGUAACAUAUUCUGUUCCAAAUAA